AUGAAGAGCGACCCGAAGCGAAACACAGAAUGGCUUUACAUUUCUGCUUUAAAGCAUGUUGAAACUGUUUCCAAUCACCUCAUUGAACCCACUGAAGGGCCAGUGGCCUCGGCUGUCAGUGAUUUCUCUGUGGUGUGCUCAUACAAUUGGUCUGGCGCCUAUGAGCCGACGAUCUUUGUGCCUGGCGCACCUGCCAAGUACAAGAAGCCUUCCCUUCCGCUCAAACUGAAGUCUGACCACGGCAUCCAAUACGUGGAUCACAACGUCUACAGGAACCUUGUGAUGCCAUUCGAACCGAUGAUGAGAGCAGCCAGCAUCAUGAAUCCAUCGGCCAACUUCGACAACGUAGACAUCGUCAUUAGCCGGGGCGGCUUGCAAAGGCUUCUCGACUUCGGCAAAGGCAAAAGUCAGGAAUCUUUCAGGGUCGAGCUGAAUUUGGUCAACAACACACUAUUCGUCGCCUGGCGCAAGGAGAAGAAUAGUUUCAGAGUGUCUCGACUACCUGGGAAGGAAAGCUGGGGCCAUGCAUUUGAAGAUGCAUUCACAGAGUAUGACGCGGGUCUGGAGAGUUCUGUCUCGCACCACCGAGUUAUCCAGUACAAUAUUGGCGAGAUCAAGUGCAUCGUGCGUCAUGAAGUUGAUGGCGCUUACUAUGGGUCGGAUGAGGCCGAGGAGAAUGCACCAACAAACACUGAAGACGGCGAAACACCACCCAGUGCCACGAAAAAUGCAACCCUAACCGGGAAAGAGAGGAUUAGCAAGGAAACUCGAGCUAUCCAGAGGGGCCGAGAAGCUCCCCCUUCCUCGAUCCUGGAGCUCAAGGCUCGGCCAAGGAUGGAACCAUGGGAAGCAAUGAAUCAGAUGUACUUCGGAAGAACUCCCCACCUCAUAAUAGGUCAACACGAAAAGGGUGAGUUCACCAACGUUCGAACAGAGGACUGCGAGUCAAUGAUGGAGACAUGGGAAUGGUGGAACCACGAACCCCUGAAUAAGUUGGCUUACCUUCUCGGGUCAUUGCGAGAGAGGGUUAAAAAAGCGAUCGCAGAGGGUAAGCGAGCUUUUGCAAUUUACAAUACGAUGUGGGAUAAGACAGCGUUGGAGAUCUGGACCACAUUGAUGAGGCAGGCGCCUAUUCUGCAGAAGCUCGAGAGGAUGUUCUGGACCCCCGAAUGCAAUUUGUCAGUGAGGAGAUAUCCCCACCCAACUCACGGCGAGACUCAUCAACGAUUUGGACAGGGGAAGAAGCCCUGGCAGCAACGAAAGAACAAUUAG